UUAUGAAGGAUUGUUGGGUUCCGCCUUGGAACUGCAAAAGGUUCAUUUACUGUGAGGAGUCCACCCCCAGAAACCAAAGACAAGUAUUGCCUUUAUGUCUUCGGGUUAAAUACGAUCCAAGCAUUUUGCCCAUCUUGCUGCUGGAAUCAGUUUAAUGUUACAAAUCCUUUAUAAAAAUACCAUAGAAAUCGGGACAUAUAUUGAGAACAAAAAUCAAUGAAAUGUAAAUACCCCCAUGUCAAUUUACAAAACAAAGACCAGUGUGCCAACCAGAUCAAGCCAACGAUUACAAAUCCUCCAUUCAAACGUUAAGUUGACCGCGCAUACAUUGCCAUCAUAUACCGACAGACCUGUCUUGUUUGGCUGCCAGAGCUGAAAAACAAUGCAACUGUCCAUGACAUGGUCGCAGACAAACGCAGUAAUAUAUAAAAUAAAUUGCGUGUCUGCUCAUUGGUCAUGUAUCUAGAAUAAAAGCAGAGGUUUUCAGAAAAGUCCUUAAUAUUAUGAGGAGGCAGUAUUUAUACCAUCAUAACUUGUGACCCUGACGAGAAUGAUAGGUGUGCUGUUAUUCCCUGCUUAUACUUUACCAAUCUUAUUCAUGUACGUUAGUAUGCAAAAACACUCGACUAAGCAGACUAUAUUUGCUUAGUUGACAAUGCAAUGUGGUGCAAAUGUUCCCAAAAUACAACCACACUAUAAUCCAAAACUAACCUAAGUGACCCGAAAAUAACCUUAAUUGUUAAGUCACACGAGCGUGUAAAUUUAAACAAAAGCUUCAUGAUAUUGUGACAGACUACUUUUUGUUCCACUGAGAAACUGUUUGCCUUUCAUUUAAUAUUACUUAAAGAUCCAAUAUUGUUGCACGCUAAAAGGUCGUCUGUGAUCAGGAAUAUCUUAAACAACUAACUGUCUUAUAUGAUGAGGAUAGCAUCUAUGUUAUCACAGCUGCGAACCCACGUCAAAGUUGUCCUCCUUGGCUAGCAUCUGAAUAAAGAAAUUCAACUACUUAGUGGACAUACUGCCGUGAUGUCGGAUGAAAUACCUGCUAAACGGCGAAAACUAGAAGAAGAGCCUGGCCUUGCCGAAGGUUGCACCGAAACGCAACACUGCUCAGAAGAUCCUAAAAACGAGGUUCCAGUAGACGUUCCAUCUUGUUCAGGACAAAAUACAACACAAUAUUUAAAGAAAACGGUUACAAAGGUGGUGUGUCAGCAACAAAUACAACUAGUUGUUGCUGAUAAAAAAAAUAUCAACACUCAUCAAAGCUGUGUUUUAAAAGAUCUUCAAAAGACCCUUAUUGAGUAUAACCUGGCUAAUAACUCAAAAUUAACUUUGGGGCCCUUGUUUCGAAAGGAAAAUCCAGACCUUGAUGAUUUUUACGUUCCACCAACACUUUCUCAGCUAUUACCAAAGCGGAAGGAAACUGAAUCUACCAGUUACGAAAGUAAACCAAUAACUAGUCUAGAGCAACUAUUAAAUCCACUUGGCAAACACAAAAGAUUCACCUGCAUCACAUCAAACGCUGGAUUUGGCAAAACCUCGUUCUGUAAAUUAUUAGCUCGUUUAUGGUGUGGCGUAAAAAAAGACGACAAGCACCUAUUGGAGAAAUUCAAAGCGAAAGCAGAUUAUUUGCAUGACGUAGAAUACUUAGAUAAGUUCGGAUACCUCUUCUAUGUCAGUCUUAAAGAGGUCAAAUGCAACACUGGUAAUGUUGAAGACAUUAUAUUCAGCCAUCUUCUAGAGGAUAUUGAUGAUACGUGGGAUAAUGUUGAUAAAAACAGAAUUUUACGAGAAAACUUGAAUAAGACAAAUAGUUUGGUCAUAUUAGAUGGAUUAGACGAGAUGAACAUAUCUAAGUUCAAGACUCCGCUUGCAUCUAGGAAAUACACACUUAUUUGCACUUCUCGUCCUUGGAAACUUUGCGAGUUGGGCAUGUCUACAUCGGAAUACAUGGAAAUUCAGCUUGAGGAAAUGAACUUGGAAAGUGCACUUAAACUUAUAGAAAAUGCCAAUGUUUGCUUGAAUAGCCAGUCUGCCAAAAAGCUUGAUAAUGUUGCAUUUUCUACUGAACUAAAAGAGCAGAACUUGGAAAGUCUUUUGUCAAAUCCACUAUCCUUGCAAUUACUUUGCAUUUAUCAUGAUCGAUAUGACAUACAUGCAACAGGAACGAGUCAUUUUUUACUAGCAACGACACGAACGCACCUGUUUGCCAACGCAGUCGAUAUGAUGUUGAAACUCGCAAGCGAGAAAGAGCCAGAUUGCUUUAAAACUUUGUCCGACAGAGAUAAGAACAGAUCAGAUCCUCCACUACUACCAACGGGAUUUGAUUGCUUUAAAACUUUGUCCGACAGAGAUAAGAACAGAUCAGAUCCUCCACUACUACCAACGGGAUUUGAUGAAGCUGAUACAUGCAACAGCAUACCAUCAUUCGUCCUUAGUCUUGGAGAGUUAGCAUUUCAAGACAUAAAGCGAAAGUCUGAAACUGAAAUGCCGGAAAGACUUGUUUGUCAGUAUCUUCACGACAAGGAUAAAAAAACUGAAAUAAGGUUUCUUUUAGCAUCCGGUCUUAUAUCAGGAUCUGCCUCCAGCCGAUACAGUGACAAUUCAAUGGUUUACUCAUUUUUGCACAAAAUGUUUCAAGAAUUGCUUGCAUGUGUAUACAUUUCCACAAAGCCUUUGAACAGCGGCGAAUGGGGUCAGUUUCUAUCAUACUUUGAAAAAACUUUAUCUCCAGAUAUCAUGUCAUUCUUGUGUGUAAUGAACUAUGAGCAGGGGAUAAAGUGUGCUGAAUUGUUCAGUUCAAGUAAAACACUUUUCUACAGAGAAGGAAAAUACUAUGAAUACGAUUUGAUCAGUUAUCAAGAUGCUGUGCUCAAUGCUCACAAGAAAUGCACCAGUAAUGGGGCGCAAAGAACAGAAAUUGCUUUAAAUCACAUGCUUAUAGACAGAAAAACUAAUAAGGGACCGCCUUGCUCAUUGGUAGAAAAAAAUGUGAAAAAUAUUAUUACAUUGCUUUUGAAAUCUUCUGAAACAGAAAAAGAUUUAGAUGCGGAGUUUAGAGAAAAUAAGUUGACAUCAUUACGUACUCUUAUCAUUACUGGCGAUAAUGAUACAUUGAUGCUCGAAACACUUACAGAACCGUCAAGUGGGAAUUUACGAAUUCUUCUCAUCAAAGAUGUAGAGUUAAAGCAAAAGCAAGUUGACCUAACAGGCUGCAAAUAUUUAACUGAUAUUGAAGUAGAAAAUGUUGACUUUUCGUCUGUGGACGUCAAAGCGGGAAACUUGGAAAAGUUCUGGAUGUACACUAAAAAUAAAACACAAUCAAACACCCCUGCCGAGCUUCGAAUUCACGGAAACUUUUCUUCAAAACUGAAAAAGCUGAGUGUCAUGAAUGUUAAGCUUAUCACUCCUAUUGAUUUGUCUGAUUGUGUUUAUUUACAGAUAUUAGUAAUACAACAAAUUACUUCCAGUCCCGAAGACAAUGCAAAAUGCUUUCAAAACAUUAAUCAUUUUACACAUUUGAAAUCGGUACAAUUAGUGUCAUUAAAAUAUCCAGACAAUAUCACACUUGAUUUUUCUCUUCUCAAAGACCUCGAACGACUUAUUAUAGAAAAUGUGGAGGUUGAAAAAAUCAUCAUUGCGGCCGGGAAACUAAGUGAAUUAUGGGUAUAUGGUUGUGUACCGAAUGCAAAUACGAUUCAACCACUAAUUGUUACCGUCGCUGCCUCGUCCAAUUUUAAAAAUCUGGAACAUCUUAGUCUUGUUCAUGUUGAACUGAAUGGACAAUUAGAUUUGUCACAGUCAACCAAGUUAAAUAAAUUCAUAGUGCGCAAUGUGUCUUCAGUAGAAGGAAUGUCCGUUUUAAAGUUUUUAGCGGACUGCAAGGAGCUACAAGAACUUUGGAUUGAAGCAUUAAAUUCACACGAGAAUGAGGAGCUGGACAUGUCAAAAAUGACGAACCUCAAGAGGGUGUAUAUCGAUGUGCAGACCUUAAAUGUACAGACUGUCAAGAUCCCAAUUACAAAAUUAGAAAUAUUUUGGGCUUAUGUCUCCAAACCGAAAAAGCAAAUCCCUCCGCCAAUUAAGCUUUGCCUUCUAGAGCACGCACAAUUCACCAGAACAAUUAAAGAAUUAAGUCUAGAAAAUGUUCGAGUAAACGAAGCUGAUUUAUCAAUGUGUGAAAACCUGUCGAAACUUCGUAUUGACAAAAUUUCACAAUCAGUUGUAGAAAAGGUUUGUGCAUAUGCAGUAAAAAAACUGUAUCUUGUUAACGUAAAGGAAGAUCGAAUGGCAAAGUUAUUCGAAGCUAAAUUGGGCAAUCUCUCAAAACUAUCAUUUGAGCGCUGUGAAGAGCAAGCCACUUUGCCCAUUUUUAAAAGUGCGAGUACUUUGCAGACAUUCAAAUCAGUGCGAUUCAAGAAUACUCGAGUAGAAAACAUUGUCGACCAAUUCGCAGAGAUACGUGUUGACGAGAUGGAAUUUGAAGAUAUGUCUCUAACGGACGCAGCGCUUAUUGAUAUUGCAAAGCGCUCCAAAGGUUUGAAAUGCAGCAUUAGGAAAAGCACCAUUUUGAGCACAAACAUUGAAGACGCUUUUGACAAAUUGAAGAAGGUUGGCCGAAUUACCGAGGGUCCGAUUAUUAUAGACAGCAUUGUUGAAACAUCGAGCCAUCAAAUCUAUUACCUGAAAUUUGAGACAAAUCAUUGACCGUAUUGAAUGGACAUCUCAUAUGUAAGAACUUGCGUCUCCAACUUUGAGCCAAAUGUUAAAUACAUACUUUGGAAACCAAAACGCUUAGUUAAGGUGUUACAUUUUAAGAUGAUUCUUGAACACGCAUGGAGAAUAAUAGCACAAUCAUGUUCAAUAUCAAUAUUAGUCGCAAUAUAAAAAAGGUAAGUCAUAACCUUAGUACGUCAUAUGCAUAGGCAAGGUUUAGUUUUGUAAAAGGUGUAAUUAUAGCCGCUGUAUUUUGUGAAGGUGAAAUCUUACUUGAAUAUAUUCAUGAACAGUACAAUUUGUAAUGGUUGUGAUUGGUUAUUAUUCAAGAAAUAUGAGUUUGUGAUUUAUUAUAAUUGUUGUUUUUGUAUGUUAUUGUUUGGUUGCAUGUAUUUAAUUUAAUGUAGAAAUGUAAAUUAUGCAAUGUUGCCUUUUCUAUAUUGUUAGUCAAGGAAUGCAUUUAAAAUAUAAAUUAUUUGUUUGAGAAUGAAAUAAAUGAAAACUGUAUGUA